AUGCUAAAUAAUUGCUGUUUUUGUAUAAGUCUUAGGACUGCAACCCUUAUCUUGGCAGUAUUGGGUGCUUUCACUCACUUAUACGGUGCCAUGACCUUAACAGCUCUAUCAACUGAUUUUGAUGACGCUGAUACUGGAGCCAUUUUAGGCUUAACAGCUUAUUCUUAUCUUUCAGGCUUUGCUUGUUUGGCUGGUGCUAUUGGCGUGAUGAAGAAUAAUAUAAGGCAUCUUAAGUUCUUUAAUGCUUAUUAUUGGGCCGAUCUAGGAAUGCACACUAUGUUUUCCAUUGCCAGCGCUUUCAUGCUUUUCAGCCUUCACUCUGAAAUUUGUAAAGAGAUUGUCAGUGAAGCCAACGACGACGAAUUUGAUAUGAACACAUGUGAAUAUGUAUAUAUUCGCAGUGCCUGGUUUGUCAUCAUUGCUAUGGCCAUCAAUAUGCUGUUGAAACUUCAUUUUGCUUUUGCUAUCCAUUCCUACACUAAGCGUGUAAAGCAAACGAUCGAUGAAGAAGAAAUGAUGAACCAUGUUGUUGUUGCACCUUACCCAACCGCUUAUAUCUCAGCGGAUACUAAGGAACAGCCUCCUAUGUAUGUUGCUGGUCAAGAAUUCAUUCCUGACGAGAAGAAGGCAUCACAGCAGCAGUAA